AUGGCGACUUUUGAACUGCUCAGAAACGAAUCCGUGGACUGCUCUAUCCAAGUGGAAGCAGAAUCUUCCAGUCAGAUCUUGCAUGAUGGAUGUAUGAAAAAAAGUAGUGAAACCACCAUGCCAGAACUGCCAGAUCUGUCUGAAUUAAUAGAUAAACUAAAGAAUGAUCGCAGGUUUCAUGAAGUUAUAAACGAAAAAAAUAAAGAUCUUUUACAUUCUAAUGAUUUGGAACACUUCCACCAAACAUUUAAUGUUACUGGGCUUCGCCCAUCAUUUGUGAACCAUUCUGGAUAUGUGAUUUUGAUUUUAAAUGAUUGUGGCUCUAUGUUUAGAUGGGACAAGAUGUCACAAGACUUUGAUUAUUUGGGAAACAGUUUGAGAGAAGGUCUUACAAACUAUAUCUACCAUCCAGAGAAAAUAUGCACUAUAAUUGAGUUCACCGGUGAGAUGAUACCAAGAGAAGAACUUAGAUAUCAAUCAAUAAAAAAGCUACAUGGUCUCAAAUUCCAAUCAUUUGCAAAGAUGCUAAUUCAUAGUGACUAUUAUCAAGAAGGGAAAGAAAGCAUUCAAAUUUAUAGAAAUGAAAAGACAUAUAAGUUCACAGAUUCAGUUGAAGAGUUCCAGAAAUCAGAUUGGUUAGAAUACGAAAUUUUAAACACAUACAACGA